AUGGAGAAAAAGGCGGGAAAAUUCGGGAUCGGAUUCGAGGAUUCCGAGGAUUUGCCGUUGGCCAAAUGGGCGGAAAAAGGGCGGAAAAGGGGCCGGGAAAAGGAGGAAGAGCCCGGGAGGAAGAGGAGGAAGGAGGAGGAGGAAGGGGAAGAAUGGUGGAGGCAGAGGAAGGACACACCGGAAGUGACGCGGCUGAAGCGAUACCUCCGCGCCGCUGGGUGGCGCCCUAACUACAAGCGGCUGUUCCGGAAGUGCCGGAGCCAGCGGGAGCUGCGGGAGGCGCUGAGGGAGCCCUGCGCGAGAUGGGCCUGCACGGGACCCCCUCCCUGGCUCGGUGCCGCCGUCUCCGCCGGCGCCGCGAGGAAAAAGCCGAACUCGCCGCGCUCGACGCCUCCAACAUUUUACCAGCCCGAUCCCGCCGAGGGAAUCCGGAAAAUUCCGGAAAAUCCCCCCCGGAGUCGCCGCUGCCCCCCCCGGAUUGGUCGCGGCUCCGCGGCGUCGUCAGCUCCGACAGCGAGUGAGGGACGGCGGAAUUUGGGGGGAAAUCCACGGAUUUUGGGGGUUUGGGGUGAAACCCACGGAUUUUGGGGGGAAAUACACGGAUUUUGGGGGUUUUGGGGAAAAAUCCCGGAUUUUGGGGGGAAAUCCACGGAUUUUGGGGGUUUUGGGGGUGAAAUUCUGUAUUUUGGGGGGAAAUCCCCGGAUUUUGGGGGGAAAUCCACGGAUUUUGGGGUGAAAUUCUGGAUUUUUGGGUUGAAAUCCCGGAUUUUGGGGUGAAAUCCCCGGAUUUUGGGUGUUCUGGGGUGAAAUCCCGGAUUUUUGGCAUUAAAUCCUGGAUUUUUGGGGGGAAAUCCCUGGAUUUUGGGGGUUUGGGGGAGAAAUCCCCGGAUUUUGGGGAGAAACCCACGGAUUUUGGGUGUUUGGGGGAGAAAUCCCGGAUUUUGGGGGGAAAUCCACGGAUUUUGGGGGUUUUUUUUGGGUGAAAUCCUGUUUUUUAUGUUUUUUUGGAGUAAAGCAGGGAUUUUUGGGGUGAAAUCCUGUAUUUUUAUGUUUUUUUUGGGGGGUAAACCAGGGUUUUUGGGGUUUUUCAGGGUGAAAUCCUGUGUUUUUAUGUUUUUUUGGGGAUAAACCAGGGAUUUUUGGGGUGAAAUCCUGUGUUUUUAUGUUUUUUUGGGUGCAAACCAUGGAUUUUUGGGGUUUUUUUGGGGUGAAAUCCUGUAUUUUUAUACUUUUUUGGGUGCAAACCACGGAUCUUUGGGGUUUUUGUGGUGAAAUCCCGUAUUUUUAUAUAUUUUUUGGGUGCAAACCACGGAUUUUGUGGUGAAAUCCUGUAUUUUUAUAUUUUUUUGGGUGCAAAGCAUGGAUUUUUGGGGUGAAAUCCUGUAUUUUUGGGUGUAAACCAGGGAUUUUUG